CAAGCCAUAGCAACAAUAUAAACUAACAUCACACAAACAUUCAUUUAAUCAAUCAAACAAAGAGUGAAGCAGUUAACAAAAAAUACGAUAACGACUUUAAGUGACUCGGUGAAAAAUCGAAUAUGUUUUGGGGCAUCAGCGAAGCGCUGGAUCUAUAUCAAGAAUACUUUAAUGCGCAUAGGAUUCAGGAGCCUCUUGCAGAGACUGCUCAUAACUCCGAAAAGGGGCAAGAUAUAGACGUGGAGGAAGAAAAUAUGGAAGCAGAUGUGAAUGUGGAAUCCGAAGACGUCGAAAAAGGUGCGCCAGAGAUGACACUAGAAGACAGCGCUGAUGGCGAUGCGCCAACUGCAGCUAAAACGCUUAAUAUAUUACUUUUUGGGGCCGGUGAUCCGCGGCAUAUCAUCAAAACUAUGGCCAAAAUGUACAAACACAACGGCGGCAGAGUUAACUUCUAUGUUCUCGAUGGAUGCAUAGAAAUUGUUGCGCGCAAUAUGAUGCUGCUUGGCAUUGCACUAGAAAAUCCAGAAGGUUUUCACUUAUUACGAAAAGUUCAUCUCUUCAUGGACGUAUAUGGCAAUGCGCUGAUGCGUCCAUCUUCACAUCAAUAUCUGGUAGGAAAGGCGAAAAGUAUGAUAAAAUUGGUCACCGACGAUGACGAGCUGCAGAAGUUGGCACCCCAACUGCAUAUUGAGGGUUUAAGAUAUCGCGAGCGUGAUGGACUAGAGAAUGCGUUCAACUUCCUGCUGAGUCGACCGGAGUAUACCUUCGAUGUGCAAGAGUAUUGGGCUGGACGAGUACGUAAAUUGUUGGGCACACGUUAUGACUAUCGCGAAGGCGCUUACGAUUGGGAUUUAAAUAUGGUAUUGAAGGACAGAGAAGCGGGGCAAAUAUGCUCACAGGAAUAUCGCUACUGGCGUGAGACUGGCAUCGCUUUUACUUACCCCGAAUACGAACAGUGCAAACCGAAUAAAACACUCGCCGCUGGUCUGGUACGUAACGGCGAAAAAUACAUGCAUCGUGGUUAUGCGGGUGAUAUACAGACCGGACCCUUCUGCACCUUCGGCCUCAAGACUGUGGAUAAGCAAAUGCUGAAUUCUGUACACGGCGAUAAUGACUAUCGUGCCACCGACAUUACUGAACGCAAUCUGUUAGAAUAUUUCCACGAGUUACAAACUCGUUCGGUUUAUACUCAUGAUUUUAAAAUUUCGCGGAAAUAUGGUUCCGUUAAGUUGUUAAUGGGCGAACGUCUCUCCUAUAACGAAUGUGAUGUAGAUGCAAUGCGUAGUUACGACAAGCCUUGGAUUAGCGUCGACCAAUGCAAGGUUUUCUUUCUCUCGGCAGAUGAAAUUUUUACGCUGCAAAAUGCUGAUGCCAAUGAAAACUGGCGCGAAUUUUUCGAUGUGGCUUUUGUGGGACAUAAUUAUUUUCCAUUUUUAAAAAGCAACUUUGCAGAAGUGCUCCGGGAUAACGCAUUGCUCAUUUUAGAGAGCACAUUAUUGACUUUGGCGCGCAAGGAUGACGUGAAGAAAUUCGAAGAUAAAUUGAAAGUGUAUGCGAAACUAAUUAACUUAACGCCGGUGGUCAACUAUAAUGCCUUGAAUUCGAAAAAUAGUAUUUUGAAGUAUAAGAAGAUCAAUGAAGAAACGAGUGCUUGAAACGUAGCUA